AUGGCAGGAGGAGCAGUCCCUAACCUCAAGGAAAAGAUGCAAGUGCCAAAGGAUGAAGACCUGCUUCUUGGAAGCUUUAGGGAUAACCAAGAGCGCUCAGUGGCAGCAGAAAUGAAGGAGCAUAUAUCUCGGUUGCUGGGUGCUUCUCCGCGGCGACAGAAGGUGGAUCCAAAGGCUGUUGGCUCUGCUGCGGUUUGGAAUAUGGCCGCAAACCAGUCCAAGAAGGUGGGGCUGCAGCUGCGGGGAGUUGGAGUGGUGGGAGAACAAGGCGAUGGCGGUGCCCGACCCCAGGAGAAUCCUGGCGGCUCCCAGGGCAUGAGGUCCCAGUAUGAGCGCCGAGAGUUAAAUACACUGGCUGAGAUUGGUCUGGAAGAGCUCAAUGAGCUGGAGAUGGAGAUCAUGAGAAGACAGCUGUUCAUGAUUACUGAGCGUCUGCGCUACCUGGAGGACCAGAGUGCCACCUGGCACCAACGGGAGGUGCUGUUAUUCACCAUGCUGCUGUCUUCCUGCAUCGCCAACCUGUGGCUGUGGAUGCGCCAGUGA